UGUCAUUCAAAUAACGGAAUCCAUAAUUUCAACUUUGCACAUGAUGUUAAAAGGAAAAUAAUAACUGAAACUAAUUAGAUUUCCAUACAACAGUUUUUUUUUAUUUUGCAAAAUUAGAUGGAUAAAUAAGUCCCAUUUCAUUGUGCAUCUUCCAAGUGUCUCAAGCAGAGUAUUUCUUUAUUAACACAAUCAUACAGUGAAAUUUUUGUGUUCUAAAGAUUUUGAUGUGUCGUGAGACCUCAAACGUUGCGUAAUUUUUACGAGAUAAGUAGUCAGUAGCAGUGAUUCUAUUUAACUUUUGGCCAAAAUGCGUCCAAAUUUGAGCAAAUAUGACUGGAAAUCAUUAUUUACAUCAUCACAAGGUUCAUGGACCACGAACGAGACAUCAUUUAAUCACCAUGAGAAGACAAAACAUAAUGUAAACGUCGUCCUAUAAUAUGUGUGAAAGUUUCAGGGGUAAAAUCACUUUUGUAAGAUCGUUGUGUCCGUCUGUCCGUUUGUGCGACAACUCAUGACCAGAGAAACCUAUUGAAACCUGGCGCACAAGUCAUUGUGCUCAGGGGCAGAUCUGUCUAAAAUUUGAGGUCAAAAAUUCACGGCUGCAGGUCACAGGUCAUUUUGACCUAAAGCGUUGCAGCGCCCACAGCGCUCAAUUCUGUGUCCAGCUUCCAGCCGCGCUAGGUUUCACACUUCGUUUGUGUGCGUUUGUAAUGGUUCCUGUGUUUGUAUUAGUGCACGUUGAUCCGCCCUGUGUCGAUUGAUAAGAAAUCGAUAAGUGGUAUCUGGCUGGACGGGGUAGUGGAUUUUGUGGUUUUAUUACAUGAGUACUCAAGUUAAGUAAGCACCACCUGCUCUUCGUGUCAGUCUAUGUGUUUUGUUUGUCCUUGUUUUAUAAUAGUUUACGUUUUUUUACAAUGCAUUUCUACAUAUUAUGCACUUAAUGUGCUGCAGUGGUCACGACACCAGUUGUGAAGAAACUUUCUUUCAGAAGUGCGACUUUUGUGACUUUUUUGUUGGGCUAUGCACAAAUUUAAUUGAAAUAUAAGUACUGUGAUGCUAUUUCUUAAUGGUGAGUGACUACAAGUUAAGAGAUAAGACAAUAAUGGAACAAGUAAGCUUUGUCAAAUUAACGUCUCACUUUUCCUGGCCCCGACUCGAAAAUGGUCGAGUUUCUACCAAAGAGUUUCUCGAAGCGUCGAAAGUCAUACUAAAAUUUUUCGACAACUUGGGCAAAUUGUACAUUCCCGUGAAACACGAUGUCGAAGGCAAUAUUGCGAAACUGAAUGAAAAGUAUUUGGAAGAUCCAGUACGGUUUGCGUACAUCCAGGAUAUGAUUGAACACGAGGUUUCCAGUGGGUCAAAUUAUGCUGCAGAGUCACUCCUCUGGCUAAAAAGGGGGCUGCACUUUAUCUGCCUAUUUCUGCACGCCUUGGUGAUGGAUCAUCAGAGAAAAGUGACGAGUGAGAGUCUUCUUGACAAUAUGCGAGUCAGUUACGAACUCUCGCUGAAACCUUAUCACAAUUGGAUGCUGCAAAAACUAUUCUUGAUCCUAAGUCGUGCUGCACCCACGCGACAAGAACUGCUCAAAUCUAUGACGAAUUACUCCUCUUCUGAAAUCGAUCUUAACCACGAGGACGUGAUGAAAAAGGUGAAGGUCUUCGUGGAAGGACUUCAGUCUAAUCUGGAAGCUAUUUUUGAUCUCUACGUCAGACUAAGACUGGACAAUCGCGAGUUUAAAUUGUUUCCAAGAAACGAAAUUAUUACGAGUUGACUUUUAAUAACGCCACAAAAUAAAUGUACCGUUAACCAUCAAGAUGCACACGGACUGGAAUUUAGCUAACAUUUCUGACCGUGUAACAAAAAAGUGUUGCAUUUCACAAACUGAUAAAUACUUCGGUAUAACUUGUGCUUAUUAUUUUGUACUUCGACAUUUCAUGCAGAAGUAUGCAACUUUGGAAUCAAUAGGAUAAUAUGUAACUCAAUAUGUAAGUAUCUAUGUAACUUAAUAUGCAACUUUCUAACUGCCAUAAACUGUACGAACUUUGCAGUGAUUUAUUUACAACUACGGUAAUUUAUUGCCAAUCAAAUCAACGUUUGCUCUAACUUGACAUAUACAAUUAUAUACACACAUAAAUUGAUUUGGUCGAUUUAUAUUCACCAAAAAUAAGUACGAAUCAAUAAUAUAAUUGCCGAUCUGGAGUGGUUGGUUGGUUGGUGAAAAUCUUGUUCAAAGUGAACUAUGUACAACGCCACACAAACAAAAUGUUGAAUGGACUAGGUCCAAAGUACUUUCAAAAUUAUAUACCAAAUAUAAAUGUCAACUAUAGAAAUACCUGUAAUAUUAAUCCACUUUAAUAUAAACAAUAACACUGCCAAGUAAAUCGUUGAAAUGUAUGGCGUCAGUAGCAUGGUUAAAUCAUCCUGAUUACACUAUUAGAAAGCUGGUAUUAAAUCAUUACUGACCGGAGUACAUACAUGGCUCUACCGGCACGGGAAUAAUUCCCGUUUAAUGAUGUUGUGGUAAUGAAAAAUUUACUACUCAGAAACAAAUUACUACCUAUCUGGUAGGAAGUUAUUACCAAAUCAAUGCCAGUACUAAGGAUGAGUAUAUAUGUGACUCUACCAGAUUUUUAACAGUGUACAUACAUAAAAGAUAAGAAUGAUAAGUAAUGAGUGUAUCGUUCUUUAGGGAUGUUGUCAAGAGAUAUUUAUUAAAUCACCAAAAUACAAGCAGGAUGUAUGAGUUGUUUGAACUUGAACUAAUUUAUGUAUUUGAAUCCUAUGGUUUUUGAAAUCCUAAGUACACAUACCACAUUUUUUACACUCUGUAAUAAUGCAUGACGCGAAUUUGCCUUGAGGUGUAAAGUCCCAUUACAGGGGUGCCACAUUGUAAUAACUUCAUCAAUUGGGUAUAAUAAAUAAGUAAUAACUCUGUUUCAAGCAA